AUGGACAUGUCCGACGCAAGCUGGAACGCGCGCUGGAACAACUGCGAGGAAGGGCCUCGGUUCUGCAUCCACGUCCGCAUGGCCAGCCCUCCCUUCCGCCACCUCAAUGUGGACCGCCAACACCCCCUUCUCACCCCUCAUCCCUCCCCGCACACCCUCUCCCCCCUUCCACCCCUCAUUCCCAUGUUGACCCCCGGCACCGACCGCCUCACCGGCCUCGUCCUCAGCCUCCUCAGCCUCUUCUUCUUCGUCUACUACACCCUCUGGACGAUCAUCCUCCCGCUGGUGGACCCAUCGCACCCGUUCGUGCGCGUGUUCCCGGACCCGUCGUGGGCGGUCCGCGGGCCCGUGGUGCUGUUUGUGGGGCUGACCGGGGCGGUCGGGGCGUUUGUGGCUGUUGUUAUGAUUCGGAGUGGGGGGUGA